UUAUACCUUUGCAUGAUGCUGCUAUGUUCUUCGAAGCUCGAUGGCUUACACAAUGGCUUAGGCCGGCUAUUGCUCGAACAGUCGAACUUAUCAUGGAUUCUUUUCCUUGCUGUGUGGGUUUUCGACGCGUGCAGUCACACCAAGACAGCCUGGUCCAACACCUCAACUGAGGCAGGACCUUCCUGGGCCUACUCGGGCUUAUUACUCUCAGCGCUGCAGGAAUUUUUUAUUUACCCUUUUCCUCUCCCCCGAUCACCUCUCGUCCUCGCGUGCGUCCGUGGCUCCGUCCAUCCUUUUCUCCCUUGCAGCGAGGACUGGCCGAGCGGCGCCGCCCUUCGCCAGGUCUUCGUCGGUCCCUUCGCCGGCUACGAGUAUCGACAAGGUGCCUCUAGUCCGUUGGCGAUGGGGAGCACGGGGUUCUCGUGGACGCUGCCGGACCACCCUAAGCUCCCCAAGGGGAAGCCGGUGGCCGUCGUCGUGCUGGACGGGUGGGGCGAGGCCAACCCCGACGAGUACAACUGCAUCCAUGUUGCUCAGACUCCCGUCAUGGACUUGCUCAAGAAUGGUGCUCCAGAGAAGUGGAGACUAGUGAAGGCUCAUGGAACGGCUGUCGGUCUUCCAUCGGAUGAUGACAUGGGCAACAGCGAAGUUGGCCACAAUGCUCUUGGUGCUGGCCGCAUUUUCGCCCAAGGCGCUAAGCUUGUCGAUCAAGCUCUUGCCUCUGGAAAAAUUUAUGAAGGAGAUGGGUUCAACUACAUCAAGGAGUCUUUUGAAAAUGCUACUCUUCACCUUAUUGGGUUGUUAAGUGAUGGUGGUGUCCACUCGCGUCUUGAUCAACUGCAGCUACUUCUGAAAGGUGCCAGUGAGAGGGGAGCAAAAAGGAUUCGUGUGCACAUUCUUACUGAUGGGCGUGAUGUUUUGGAUGGCAGUAGUGUUGGUUUUGUAGAGACCCUAGAGAAUGAUCUUUCACAGCUUCGAGAGAAGGGUAUUGAUGCACGGAUUGCAUCUGGUGGUGGAAGGAUGUAUGUUACAAUGGACCGCUAUGAGAAUGACUGGGAUGUAGUUAAACGUGGGUGGGAUGCCCAGGUGCUUGGAGAAGCACCCUACAAAUUCAAAAGUGCACUUGAAGCUGUAAAAACUUUGAGAGCAGAGCCCAAUGCUAAUGAUCAAUAUUUGCCCCCGUUUGUGAUAGUUGAUGAUAGUGGCAAUGCGGUUGGGCCUGUAUUAGAUGGUGAUGCAGUUGUCACCAUCAAUUUCCGGGCUGAUCGCAUGGUUAUGCUUGCAAAAGCACUAGAGUAUGCAGAUUUUGACAAAUUUGACCGUGUUCGUGUCCCAAAAAUCCGAUAUGCUGGGAUGCUUCAAUAUGAUGGUGAAUUAAAGCUUCCUAGCCGUUACCUUGUUUCUCCACCAGAGAUAGAGAGAACAUCUGGCGAAUACUUGGUGAAGAAUGGCAUCCGCACCUUUGCUUGCAGUGAGACAGUGAAGUUCGGUCAUGUCACAUUUUUCUGGAAUGGCAACCGCUCAGGAUACUUUGAUGAAACUAAGGAAGAGUAUGAAGAAAUUCCCAGUGACAGUGGUAUUACAUUCAAUGUUGCACCCAAGAUGAAGGCACUUGAAAUUGCGGAGAAAGCCAGGGACGCUAUCCUUAGUGGAAAGUUUGACCAGGUACGUGUCAACCUGCCAAAUGGUGACAUGGUGGGUCACACUGGUGAUAUUAAGGCCACUGUAGUUGCUUGCAAGGCAGCUGAUGAAGCUGUUAAGAUUAUUUUGGAUGCUGUGGAGCAAGUUGGCGGCAUUUACCUUGUCACUGCUGAUCAUGGAAAUGCGGAGGAUAUGGUGAAAAGGAACAAAUCUGGCAAGCCGCUGCUCGAUAAGAGUGGUGAUAUCCAAAUUCUCACCUCACAUACCCUUCAGCCGGUCCCAGUUGCCAUUGGAGGCCCUGGUCUGCACCCCGGAGUGAAAUUCCGGACUGACAUUCAGACCCCUGGGCUUGCCAAUGUCGCCGCCACCGUAAUGAACCUCCAUGGCUUUGAGGCCCCUGCAGACUACGAGCCAUCCCUCAUUGAAGUGGCUGAAAACUAAAUACUGGGCAUUUGUGAUGUCCAAUUUUGUUGCUAUAGUUCUUGAGGAUGGAUGGAUUGAUGCCAUUCAAUAAUUAGAUGCUCUAUUUAUAGAUUCUGAGCUUGCUUUUCACGGUCUGGUAGCCUCAGCUAUAUGUGAGGCAAACCUGUGACAUGCAGCGUUUGAAACUUCUGUGUGAAAAAAAAAUGCUCGAUGUGGUAUCUGUUGCUUUUGACAAGUUCAUUUGGGCACUUUCCAUUUGGCUUCAGUCUAGUAAUGCAUCAGUCCGCAUAGUGAGUUGGAGACCGUUCAGAUAAUGUUUUCAAUUGAUGAAAAAGAACAAGUGUGCACAGGAGCCAUUGCCAUA